AUGUCAACCCCGAAACAAUCACAACCAAAAAACCACCAAAUCUUCGACCCCUGGUCCUCCGCCUCAACAGGCCACCAACGUGCCGAUGGACCCACGCUCUCGCACACCAUCGUUUGGCGAGAUUCGAGGACGGAAAAGUUACGAAGGCAAUUCGUUUUUGGGGAUUGUAAUGCUGACUAUGAUGGACAGGGGAGGGGGGAGUGGGUGGUGCUGAACAAGGAGGAGAAGAGGGGGAAGGAAGGGAGGGAUAUUAGGGAUUUUAUGGGUGAUGUGCAGAAGAGGAAGAGGGAUGGUUUAUGUGAGAUGGGUGGGAAGUCGAAGUGUCUUCGAGGGGAUAUGUCCAAUACAUCCACGCAUAUGCCUGCGCCAACGCCAACGCCUACAUCUGCAUGUACAAGUACAUCUACACACGACGCGAACCGGGAUAUAUCUGUUACAAUUGCACAUACGGAUACAGAUACAGAUACAGGCACACCUACAGCUACAGCUACACAUGCAAAUGCAGCCACACCUGCGCCCGCAUCAACACCUGCAUCCACCACCCCGACAUCCAAAAAGAUACUCGCCGGAACAACAAUCUACCUCAACGGCUCGACAAUGCCGCUCAUUUCAGACCAUAAACUUAAACACCUUCUCGUGUCUCACGGCGCAAAGCUCUCGCUCGUCUUCGCUCGCUCAGUCACGCAUGUUAUCAUUGGAAAACCAAACACUGGUGCGAAUAAAGGAGCUGGUGCGGGAUUGGCGGCGGGAAAGUUGCAAAAGGAGAUUGAGAGGUGUGGAAGGGGGGUAAAGGUUGUGGGGGUUGAGUGGGCAAUCGAGAGUAUCAAAGCGGAAAAACAUCUAUCUGAAACGAAGUUUGCCAUAAGGUUGGGCAAACAGCCUUCUGUUCUUGGAAUGCUGAGAUGA